CACAACCCUCCUUGGCCAGGCCAAGCAAGUACGGUACAGGACAACACAGCACACUUCACUUCACUUCGGGCCUGGGAUGGACACGUUGAACGUAGUCAGCCGUACAGAGCCGACCCAACGAGCAGCAAGUGUGGAUGCCAUCUAGUGAGCGAUACGACAUGCCACUCACCGAUAUCCUAUCCCCCCCUCUCAUACCUUGCCGUAUUACCGCAUGUGUACCGCCCAAAUCUUAUAUCUCAGUCGGCUUUGAACACCACCGUUUAUCUUGUUGCAUACCGUACUCUACACGGAUGCCGAUGCCGAACGAACGAAACCCAGGCUCCCUCUUCUCUUUCCCACCUGAACGAAAAAGAAGUCGUGGAUACCGCGCUUACUCUGUGCGUCUUUCUUGAGAAUACUUCGUUACCUGGUUUAGUUGUCCAUCUGACAAGCCUAGCGGUUUGAAACGCUCCCGCAAAACUUGACAUGAAAAGGAAACCGCCGAACAAAGAGGUGAAGAAAAGGCUUUAGACUAAUGCUAAGAUACCUACCUACCACUGUGCCACUACAUCAGGGGCAUACCUCUCACUUUCCGUAUCAUCUGCCUACAAACAAACCAGCGUUUUCCAAUCUCGAAAUUCCUCCUCCAAGAGCUCAAGAGCGAUCCGUACCCUCCUCCAGUCGGGCACGUCCGUAUCCCGAAACGGCCCGAGUCAAGUUCGCCACAACCCCCAUUAUCAAAUCUCCAAAUGUAAUCAAAUGGAACAUUCGGUUAAACGCGGGAUCCAGCCAGGAUCAACCCCAUCUCAAGAGAAAAUCACAGAGGAAGCCAAGUGAGGGGUUAGCUCGAGCUCCGUUACGAGAUGCAGUUUACCCCGCACGCGGGUCUCUCGACAUCACCGCGUGCGUGGACAUGUCACGCAUGAAUGUUGUUCCACAUCUUCUGUUUGCACACACGAGGGAAGCGCUGCGGGAUGUUUAGAUUGGGGGUUGGUGCAGCGUGGGAGGGAGACGGGAUGGGAUGGGGUUUUUUUUCUGGAUCGGUCUGGGGUUAUAGACUGAUGGUCAUGUAACCGGUCUAUCAUAGUUCAUCGCGGAUGUCACUGUUGUUUGCAGGAAUCCAUUCGCAUCCCAAAAUUAUAAUCAUACUAAAAACUAGAUUGAUGGUGUUUAUUAUUCCUCAUACCUACUCGAAGAUACAAAUCUCUACGAGAAAGAAUGGUAGUUGGGAUCCGUAAAUAGUUCACUCUGAAAAAUAUAUCAAUAUCUCAAGAGAAAGCUGAAUCUGCACUGAAGUUGAACUUUUUAAAAAAAAAGAAAAAGAAAAACGCCAAUGUACACAUACACCCUCCUCAUCUAGAAAAAGAAACAAAACAACAACAAAAAAAAGCAAAUCCCAUACCCUCCAAAUCAGGUAUACCGAAAGACCAACAACGCCCCCGCCAGCAAGACAACGAAACCAAAACAACAACAGCAACGCGUGCACAUGUCUAGCCUGAUGAAGUGU